AUGCAGGAAAAAAGAAAAGCCCAGGAUGCUUUUCCUGUGACCACCACAAAGACCCGUCUAAGUGCUUUUGCUGCUGCCAAAGCAAAGGCAGCGGGCCAAAUAGCUCCCGAUAGCCCUUCAGAAGCCAGCAUAGAAGCUGCUGCCAAUGUUGCUGGAGUCAACCGCAGCAAUGGUCAUAAUGGCGUUGAAACUCCACAGCUGUCAACAUUACUCUCGAGUUUCCCUCUGUCAAAAUCCCAGGAGCUUGACAAACAUGUCUCUAGCGAUGAUGAGGAAGAUGCUACCGACUUUGAGCAAGAAGAAGGCAACAACUAUUCCAGUGCUUAUAACACGACCUCUUACAAGUCAGAUCAACCGGUCAAACUCUCAAAUCUUCCACCGGAUUCGCAAUGUGUGAUUAAAGACAUACCGGAAAUGCUCACUUUGAAAUUGGAAGCCGGUGAAACCGCUACUUUUGUUGGAGAAUAUGAUCUACGAGUCAAGUCUGGCUACAUUAUGAUUUAUGGUGCUGUACUCAGAGCCGGACCGACAACCCAUCGAGUAUACGCUCCGUCUACACAUGCACUACCCGUAGUUACAGCAAAGGGCGGCGUUGCUGAAGUCGACAUCAUCUCAACUACUCGCUCGUUGGAUGUCCUCAGCAAGAUCUCUCCUCUGUGGACGAAACUUUGGUACGCUCAGGCUCAGAAGGACGCACAACAGACCGAUACGGAGCCGAGGUCUUUCGCUCUUCUCCGAAGCUCAUCAGACGACCCGCUGAAGCGUGCUGUUACAGCACUCGAGGUGGAGCAGGAUUGCCAGGUCACAUUGAACAGAGUCUUGAGCAAACCGACAGCAACACAUCCAAGCUCGGUAAUCAUGGUUUCCGGACCCAAAGGAUCUGGCAAAUCGACCAUCUGCAAGUGGCUCAUCAACACCUUCCUCACUGCAUCAAAAGCAUCAGCGUCAACUUCAUGCUUCUGGUUGGAUCUCGAUCCCGGACAACCCGAAUAUUCUGCUCCUGGUCAAAUGUCUCUUGUACAGAUUCGAUCACCUGUUCUCGGACCAAACUACACGCAUCCAUCUGGACAUGUUAGUUCAGCUUACAGAACUAUCCGAUCGCAUACCAUUGCCGCCAAUUCACCAAGGGAUGAUGUUGUACACUUCUUGGCUUGUGCGAUGGACUUGCGUGACGCAUACUUCCGUGCCCUGGAAGACUUUGCUGGAGCUCCACUCGUGCUCAACUGCUCGGGCUGGGUUCUUGGAUCAGCAGUGUCCGCUAUGAUGGAGCUGGUUCAACAAUUCCCUCUCACUGAUGUCGUGCUUAUGGAGCCGAUGGAAAGAGAGACUGUUGCCUCUAUCGAAGCCACAUUACCAAUGGCCAAAGUCUUGAUGAUCCCACCUCGUCACAAACCCGCUCAAUCCCGUACAAGUGCAGAGUUGCGCGCUAUGCAAUCAAUGUCCUACUUCCACUCGCUUGCCCCUCGCAAAGGACUUUCCACUUGGACAGACAACACACUUUCCCAACUCCACCCCUGGCAUGUCAAAUUCAACGGUGAAAACGCCGGCAUCUCAUCAAUAAUGUCAUACGGUGAGGCGGUCAACCCAGACUUCCUAGCGUCCAUCAUCGACGGCAUGAUGGUAGCCAUCUGCGAAGUCGAAUCCGAUGAAGCGUAUGCAACAGUACAAUACAGACCCCCUCACGUUCCCUCAGCCUCUGCAGCAGAAAUGGGAGAAACGAUGAACGAUCGCAUCGGCCGCACACCAGAAGGCCUACCCUAUCUCCGUGCCGACAACAGCGGCCUUAUUCAACCCCUCGACCCCCGCUUCUCCUCCUGCAAAGGCCUCGCCAUCGUCCGUGGCAUCAACGUCGCGAGACAGGAAAUUCAACUCCUCACCCCCAUGUCUGUGAAAGAAAUCAAGAAUUUGCAAGGAUCGAGGACUGUUUUGGUCAGAGGCAAAUUCGACAGUCCCGGGUGGAUUUUCUUGGAAGAUGUGUAUAGUGGGAAUGCGCAGAGGGUCAAGAGGCAGGAGAUGUUGAGUUUGUUGAAGGAUAAGACUACCAGGCCGUAUGUGGCGCAGAGAGAUGCUGCGGAAACGGGAUUGGGUUUGGGAGAAAAGGAGUGGAGGGUUAGGCAUUUGCCCAGGAACUUCGGCGCGAGAAAUGCUGCUUAG